AUGACUUAUGCUUAUCUCUUCAAGUACAUCAUCAUCAGAGACUCAGGUGUAGAGUUUGGAGCACGUAUGGUCAACCUUGAUGGGAAACAAAUCAAACAAAUGAAACUGCAAAUCUGGGAUAUGGCUGGGCAAGAAUUCUUCUGUUCUACCACCCAUCCCUACUACAGGGGAGCAGCUGGAGCAUUGCUGGUGUAUGAUAUUACAAGGCGUGAAACUUUCAACCACCUGACUUCACGGUUAGAGGAUGCCCAGCAGCACUCUAGUUCCAUGCUGAUUGGGAAUAAGAGUGACCUAGAGUCUCGCAGGGAUGUGAAGAGAGAAGGAGAGGCCUUUGCUCCGGAGCAUGGACUUAUAUUUAUGGAAACUUCAGCCAAAACAGCCUGCAAUGUUGAACAGGCCCUUAUUAACACAGCCAAAGAAAUAUAUAGGAAGAUCCAGCAGGGUUUAUUUGAUGUCCACAAUGAGGCAAAUGGCAUCAAGAUUGGGCCCCAGCAGUCAAUUUUAACAUCACUGGGACCCAGUGUCUCUCAGCAGAACUGUCGUGAUAUGGGGUCCAACUCUGGCUGCUGCUGA